AUGGAAUAUGUCCUGGAAAGCCUGAAUGGCCAUCUGGACUCUGUCCACGAUCUCCUCCGGGGUAAGCUCCGUGACGAGCUUCAUUCACGUCUCCAUAACCGGCAACGUGGAGUGCUCCCGGACAAGGAGUUGAGCACUCUGUCGGCCAGGACUAUUGAUCUUUUACACUCAAUUGAGCAGAUGCUCGAGCCUGGUCCACUUGUUCUCGCUGACCAUUUCCUCGGCUACAUGAGCACAAAAUGUCUCUGUGCAGCUGUAGAGCUCAAAAUCGCUGAUAUCCUCCGCGACAAGGGCCCGUUGACAAUAAAUAAGCUAGCCGAGGAGAGCGGUGCGCGUGCAGACCGGCUGGAACAGAUCAUGAAUGUUUUGCAGAACAACGGCAUCUUCGAGCGUGACCCGGCUAUGGUGACAUACGCAAAUAAUCACACUUCCACGCUCCUGCUGCGCGAUCACUGGAUGCAAUGGCAUAACUGGGUGGACCUUUACGGCAACCAGUUCUACGACAUGGCCCGAGGAAUUCCCCAAUCCGUAUGCAAGGACACCACACGCUCGCCAGCACAGAUCAACUACGAUACCGACAAGGAUAUGUUCACCUACUUCAACGAGCAAGGCUGGGUGCCUCAGCUGCAUCGCACCCUGGGCGCUGGUACCACUGCUCAAGCACCUGGUAUCCUGGCCGACUAUCCAUGGGAAGAGGUGGCCAAGGAAACUGUCAUCGAUAUCGGCGGGGGCGGCGGCUCUCUGAUCGCGCUGCUCCUACGAGCGCAUCCGACAAUGAAGGGCGGCAUCUACGACCUGCCGCAUGUUAUCGAGCACUCCACCCUUUUCUUCCAUGCUCCAGAUGGACAGUUUGCCGAUCUGGCUGACCAAGUGCCCCAGGGGAAUCUCAUCGGAGGGGACUUCUUCAAGAACAUCCCUCCGUCCCGAGUCUACACGAUAAAAUGGACUCUCCAUGACUGGAGAGACCCCGAGGCCCUGGCGAUCUUGCGCAAUAUUCGGAAAGCCAUUGUUCCUGGGGAGACAAGUCGGCUCAUUGUUAUGGACUGCAUUAGGGCGGAUGGGCGCUCUUCGCGUCUCUCGCGGUAUGCCGACUUGAACAUGAUGAUAGCUGCCAACGGGCUGGAACGGACAGAAGCUUCAUGGAGGGAUUUGGCGAAGCAGAGUGGCUGGAGGAUUGAGGGCAUCUAUCCCUUGCGGAAUGCGUGGCCCUGCGCUAUUGACAUGCGGCCCGACAAUGUUCAGCUGAACGGUGUAUGA